AUGAGAAGCGUAGUAAGUCUCAGUUCAUCUACUCGCCUUACUCGGUUCAUGAGAAGAUUCAAUGCGUCAUGGCAAAGCGAAAUGCGUCCAUUUCGUGAGGUAGAGAAGAUUUCCCGAAAGAGGGAAUUUCACUUUGAGAAGAACGACUCUAUUUCAUGUUUCGGCAAGCGAAGCAAAAAAUCCGAACAAUCGUUUCCGUUGUUUAAAUUGCCGCUCCAUGUUGUCGAAAGAGUUGUUGCUCAGAUGUCACUGGCCGACAUGCUCACUUUUAGGCUAUGUUCAAAGAAGACACGAAGCGUACGCUUUAUUCAUAGAUUUCUUCCACCUUAUUGUUUGUUAAACACCUAA